AUAAAUCAAUUUUUAAUUUCUUUCCUCCCACUUUCUUUCCAUUUCUAUUAAAUCCCUUGUUAUUUUUUUUAUCAAAUAUAAAAAAGUUUUUUUUUUCUUUCCACUUUCAUUCUUUCCCAUCCAAUUCCUCUGCACACUGUUAAUGGAGACUCUUCUCCCUCCAGAAAUAGAAACAGAAAUCCUCUUACGUCUCCCUUCAAAAUCCCUUCAACGCUUCACUUCUGUCUGCAAAUCAUGGCAUUCUCUCAUCUCAUCUUGUUUCUUCAUACAUUCCUACCAUUCUCGUACUUUCCUCAACCCUCAACUUUUUCUCCUCAAACACCCUCUAUCAGACCCUCUUCUCCCUUCUUCUCUUACCACAAUCCACUUUUCUCUCUCCUCUGACUCCCUCCUUGACUUAUCCUCCUUCAAAGUCCCCCAAGAACCCACCUCCCACUCUGAAUUUCUCCGACCCACAGGAGUCGAACUCGUGACCUCCAACUCCAUUAACGGCAUCGUUUGUGUUCUUGUUUAUAUGGGUGUUCAUACUGAGAUUGUGAUUAAUUGUGAUUUGUUCUUGUGGAAUCCAUCAACGAGUGAGUCUGUAAAAAUCCCGAGUUCUGAGAUUACUGGGUUGUUUUCAGGUCCUCCAAUGGUGAAAUUCUAUUGCGGGUUCGGGACCGGGUUAUAUUGCGAGGAUUAUAAGGUUGUUAGGAUUGUGUAUCCACAUUCAGAUCAUGCUAUUGUAGAGGUUUAUUCUUUGAGGGAGAAUUGUUGGAGGAGAUUGGAUUUGAUUUCUCGAUCAGGCAUUUUGUCGAACAUAUUGUGGGCGAGUUUAUCGUGUACGUUUGUAGAUGGGGUUGGGCAUUGGGGUGCAUUUAGGAGAGAGAGAAAAGAUAAGUUCUUUGUGUUGGGGUUUGAUUUUGGAACUGAGUGUUUCAAGAAGAUUAAAGUUCCUGUUGAAUGUGUUGAUGGGAGGGAGAUGAGGUACCAUUCUUUAUGGGUUUAUAAAGGCUCCUUGGCGAUUUCGGUUCUUCGUUUCGGGGAAUUCGAGUCGAAGAUAACAAGGCAUUACAUAUGGGUGAUGAUGAAUGAAAAUAAUUGGUUUAAGUUGUUUAACAUUGAUUUGGUUGGUGGGCCUAGGAGGCCUAUUGCAACUUUGGGGAAUGGUGAAUUGUUGUUGCUUGGGUAUGGUGAUGAUGGUGAGCAUGCUUUAUAUGAUCCUGAAUUGGAGGAAGUUAAGUGGGUUAUGGUUGAUAUCUCUGAUGUUAAUGCUGCUGUUUCUUAUGUUGAGAGUCUGGUUUCACUCAGUCAGUUGAUGCCCAAGUAGCUGUUUCACUGGAUCAAUGCAAGAAAUGGUGGGCCAAAGAUGUGCAAGUGGAUGGAGGAGAUAAUAAGAGAAUGGUCUGCUUUGCUGCUCAACAUAGGCGGGAUUAAUGGCGAUUAAGUUUGCUGAGGAGAAUUGUCAAUUGUGGUUUUAUUAGAUUUGAAUAACGUAAGGUAGUUGUGAAAAAUCAUCCAGAUUACUUGACAAGAGUCGACAAGAUUUUGGUAAAUUUAUUCAAACUAUAUGCUUUUAUAGAUUAAAUUUAUUAAGAAGAAAGUAAAAUAGAUAUUGUUUGAAAUAAAAAAGAGCUGAAAAGGGAUAAAAUAAAAUAAAAGAAAGUGGCAAGUAUAGGCUACUAAGUCGCUAAUGUGUGAAUAUGAGUGAGAGAUUUUGUGAUCCUAGUGAUAGGCAACCGGCUUUGGAAUGAUCCAUUGGGCCUUGCUCUCUAAAAAUGAUCCUAAUCAUAUACCAAUCUCCAAAUCAGAUUCAGAGGCUCAUGUGAUCACCAUUCAACCCAUGAUCCUGUUAAAGCUAAUAGAGUGCUACUAUAUGUUACUUUGAUUCUUCUAUUCAUCUCAAGUACCCAUGUCGGAUAUUCGGCGACCCAAGGGUGUGGAAUCUUUACCCUACUUUUUAAUCCGUCAUAUUUGUAAGUCAUAGUAAGUCUUAUCAUAUAUGCUUGAAAAUGGGCUUGAGUUCUUUUAGCAGAACUUGCAUACAACUCAAUCCAAAUGGUGUUUUACUGUAUAUGUAAUGUGAAAUGAUAUGCAGAACUCGUAGAAUCAGGGAUAUGUUUCAUAAAUGCUGUUUCUGUGCACCUCUAUUGGAUAUUCUUAACUUUGGUGUAUUUAGCACAUGGAUGUACUUGUGCGCUACACUCUUACCCAUGUAUGACAGUAUGAGUAACACUGGGCUUUUUGUAAAAAGUGCUAACAAACAGACACUGAGAUAUCAUAAGCUGAGUACAGCAAUAGGGUGUGAUUGGAGGGGUUGAUGGAUGGAAUAUUAUGAUUUUAUGAUGUUGGCUGUGCAGUUGAAAGAAUGAAGAAGAAAGAUGCCAUGAGGCAUUUUGGGAAGAGAUUUUUGCUUGGGAAAUGCCUCCAUUCAGUGUCAACUAAUGAGGUUGUGGCCUUGUGGGUGAGAUAGUAGUGAGAGUAUAAUACUUGUACAGUAUAUACUAGAUAGUAUUCGAAGUUUUGAUUUACUUAGGAGGGAACCUAGCUUUAGUAUAUUAUAGUUAUAUAGAUAGUGAAGAUUAUUACAUGUACAUUUGGCAUGCUUAAUAAAAUCUCCUUUUCUUGCAGUGAUACUGUGGUCUGUAACAAAGUUUUCUGUUUUCCUAGAGUGUGCUAUUGAGAUGUUGUCAUUGCUUAGCUUAGAAAGAUACAGCAGCAAGGAAGUAGAGUGUUGAGCAGGAUUCUAAAGUUCACAUCACAUGGUUUGUUUUGCGCAACCUGGGGCACAUAAUUGGAACUCGGAUUAUGCUUUGGGUCUAUUACAGCCACGUACGCUUUUGUGGAGUAUCAGGGUCUUGAUGGCAUUUGGGUCCAUUUGUGCAGUCUUUUAGGUUAGAGAAUUUAAUUUCGGAUGUAAUAAUCUGUAGAAUGCAUCACGACAGGUACUUUGUGAAAUUGGAGAUCUAGGAUAGUAGAAUUGUGUUUACUGAUAAUUCUGCUUUCUUCUUGUGUUAGAUUCAUUAUUUGCUUGUGAAAUCACCACAGGUACUAUUUGAUCUGUACACAAAUAUAAUGCUUUGAGGCUUAUUACUAGUUGCCUGUAAGCUGUGUACCUCUCAGUUAUUGAAAACUAUGGUUUAAAUAAUAUUUUGGUGUGCUCAUCUUGUUACUGUGAGCCACACAAUUCCACA